GGUGGUCGAUAUAUAGUGGAGUAAUUUAUAACCCUAGACAAAAAAAUUCACUUCUCUUCGCCGCCGCCCCAAAGCCUUCAGCUCCGGUUCAUCGGUCUCUUUUGCUCUCGCGUUGCGCAUCAAAUGUCAAUAUUUCCACGCAAGAAGGGAUUAUUCUUUGUUCGCAAUUUCGUGUUCAUGAGCAGAGGAAGGCUUUGGUUUUCUCAAAAGAUUUUAUUUAGAGAUUGGACUUGACCAUUCAUUUUGGUUUCUCUCUUUCACUCAUUUCGCUUUCUUUUUUCAUUGAUAAUCGUUACCUACAAUUUCUCGAUUUGUAUUUGUAUUUGUAUUUUUUCAUAAUUUGGGUUCAUACCCAUUUGAGAUUCAUUAGUUGUUAACAAUCUUAAUAAAUUUUUAUAAUGGGUAAAAAAUUGUCACCUGGGUUUCGAUUUCACCCGACUGAUGUUGAGCUAGUUAAGUAUUAUCUGAAAAGAAAAGUACUUGGUAAAAGAUUUCAUAUGGAAGCAAUUGCAGAAGUUGAUAUUUACAAGUAUGCUCCAUGGGAUUUACCUAAUAAAUCUCUGUUAAGAAGUGGCGAUCUUAAAUGGUAUUUCUUUUGCUCUAGAGAAAAGAAAUAUGCAUCUGGGUUUAGAAUGAAACGUGCUACUGAAUUUGGGUAUUGGAAGACGACAGGUAAAGAUAGACCUGUUCGCUAUGAUGAUCAAGUUGUGGGUAGUAUCAAAACUUUGGUUUUCCAUCAAGGUAAAGCACCUAAAGGGAAUAGAACCGACUGGGUUAUGUAUGAAUAUAAACUUGAAGAACAGGGGUUGGCUGAUAGAGGUGUUGUUCAGGAUUCGUAUGUGCUUUGUUCGAUUUUUAAGAAGGAUGGACCUGGCCCAAAAAAUGGUGCUCAGUAUGGCGCACCGUUUAGGGAAGAAGAUUGGGAUGAUGAUGAAUUGGAGGAGGAUGAGGUUGUGAAUGGUGUAGGUGCUGAUGUUGAUAUGGUAGUUCCAGUUAAUCAAAAUGAUUGCGCGGCGACAACAAGCUCGUAUUUGCCUGAGACUGAGAGGGAAUCUACAUUAUUAUGUCCAUCGGAAACUUUGUUAUCUGAUGUGAAUACUGGUGCAGUGGUUGCUGCUGAUUAUUAUGUUGCUUGUUCAGAUGCUCCUCCUACUCAAGAUGUUGUAAAUGAGGAUGAUAUUAUUGAGCUGUUGGGUCACUUCAGGGAGGACAAUGCUGAAAUGAAUGACUUGGAUGGACAGGGGCACCAAGUUGCUGAGGUCAAUCCAAUCUCAGAUGGAUUAGGCAUUUAUGAUGAUUUGGGAGACCUGGGCAGCCUGGUUGGAUUCAGUGGUAAUGCUGCUGCUAGUUUUACUAUGGACAAGGGGCAAUAUUUGGAGCUAACGGAUCUUGAAGUGCCAUUGAAUUUUUCUACUGAAGCUGCUGGAGGACAAGUCCAAACUAGUGGAAAUCCUCAGCCUUUCUUUGGAUGGGGUGAGGGUGUCCGUGCUAGAGUACGAGGCCAAUCUGGUGGAAAUCCUGAUCAGCCUUUCUUGGGAUGGGGUGAGGGUUUCAGUGAUGAUGAGGGGGCUUUUGGGUACCACCACCCACUUUGACUACUGCCAGUAUGUUGUACCUUCUAUUUCCAGAGGAAUUUUUAUGAAGUCAAAGAAUAUUUAAAUUGUUAUUGGAAAUUUUGGCUCAAAUCUUUCAGAAGUAGCCAUUGUCUAAUUAAGAAAUAAGCACUUAAUACCUCUUAUCAAUUAUGUCAAAUUUUCCUUUUUUCAAUGUUUCUAUUUCUUGCCAAGAAGUUUGGGCAUUAUGUGUUCAAUUUUAAUCUUUAUUCUAGCA